AGUGGGAUUCCUCACACCCCAUCCUUGAUCCCAGACACACCCUCUUUCAUGAAGCCAUGUCUGGAUCUCUUGGACAGCAUUAAGAAGGGACAGGGAUCCGCUCACCGGCGCCUAUCCAUAACCAAUUCACCGAACAUCUCCCCCUCCACACCCCUCCGUCAGCGGCUACUCCAUUGCUUCACCGAGGAGGCCAACUCCUGCACGACGGAAUCUCCUAGUACCAGCGUCAAGCUCCACAAGUCAGGACCGGUGCGACGGCCCAACUCCAGGAGGGAGCUAACAGAGGAGGACGUUGAGAUGGAGAUCGAUACCCCCUCUGCGGAGAUGGAAGUGAAAAGUAGGGGUAGGGGGCGUAGAAGCACAGCCUCUAAUAGUGGUGUGAAGCUUACAGAGGGAGGCGAGGUGAAAGUUGGAACUACUGCAGAAGUAGCAACAAGUAACAAGGGAAGAGGGCGUGGGAGUGGAGCCACUUCUAGUGGUACCAAACUGGAAGCAGGUAAAGAUGGUUCCCCUCCUGGGGAAGCGGCAGGUAGCAGGAGGAGCAGAGGACGUAGGAGUAUGGCUACUCCAAGAGUUACAACGCUUACAGAGGAAGGAGAGGGGAGAAUCGGUAAGCCUGUUGGGGAAGUUGCAGCAACUGCAAGCAGCAGGGGAAGAGGGCGUAGCACCGGAGCUACCCCAAGGGGUAGAACGUCAGAUGUCGGUGGUGCAAGUAGUCACCAAGGAGGACCAGACAAGGCAACAUUGAUGGAGAACAACUCCUCGAGUGCAGGGGAUGGUGAGGAGCAGGACUCUAGGAAGAAAGGGAAAGGAAGGAGAGAUAUUUCUUUGAAACGAAAGCUGUCUCUUGAUGAUGAGGGCGGCUCUUCACAAGACAGGACAUCGGCAGGCUCGAAGGUGGACUGCAAAAAUGUGAACGAUGGAUCGGUGGGGGUGAAGAGAAAGAGAUGCAGCAGGAGCAAAGCUAGCAAAGAAAGAAUCCCUACAGUUGCAGAUAGGAGUGAUACAUCAGUGAUAAAUGAUGUUUGCAUCGUUUCCACCGGCAUUCGUGGCACUGAUGAUGGCUCAAGGUCUUCUUUGCAAGAGAAAGAGUCAACAAGAUUGCAGGAGGUCUGCCAAAGCUCUAAGAAUGGAUCAGCAUCGAAGAGGAAGAGACUAAUUUCUAGCAAGGACAGUGAUCAACUUCCAUCUGCAGAGAAGUGUGGUGAUUCUGAAACAGGCAACGUAGCAAUCGCUUCAACGAGUACCUGUGGUACUGGUGGCACUCGAUCGUCAACCAGACGACGCUCGUGCUUACCUGCCCUUCCAGUGCAGCCUUCCACCGAAGAUGGACAGAUGGAUCAAACAAGAAGGAGAAGCAACAGGAGGAAAAGCAUAGCAUCGGUUGUCAACCAGCCUUCUCUUGCUGAUCACCUGAACCCUUUGGGAGUACAGUCUGCAGGUAUGAACAGUAUCAUUGGUAAGAGGUCAUCAGCGGGCAGGACCAAAGGUGUCGCCAAAGGGCUAGCUCCUUCCGAUGUAGCCUUCAAGAAAGAGGAGGAGGGCCAUCAUCCAAAGAAAAAACAAAAAUCAUGCUCUCGUGGAAGUUUGCAGAAGUCUCUAUCUCCUGGCGGAUCGCAGAGGUCUCUUUCUUCUGGAGGAUCGCAGAAGUCUACCUUUGAUGGAGUGAAGGAGGAACCUACCAAGUUAGAAGAGAAGGAGAAUCAGGCCUUGGGUCAAAGAAUAGGAAGCAUGAAUGUAGAUGAUGUUAAAAAGAGGAAGCUGUUAUCCCCUCUCCCGACGGAUUUGACUUGUUCCUCCAUCCUCUCAUCGAUUGAAGUUCAGAACAGACCCAGUAUCGAAGAAUUUAAACUAGAAGGAUCCAUAAGACAGAGAGCAAAAAGAUCCACGUUGAAGAAGGAUUCUGUAGAAGCCCAGCUGUGUACAAGCAGUGAAGACAGUGUGGUAUCCUCAGAGGACUUGGAUGACACAAGGAAAGAAACCAAAGGCAAGCUUCGUAAAAUCCUGCUUAAACUUCUCUUUUCUUUUCCUUCCAUUUUGCCAACAACAAAAUCCUUUGACUGUAAAUCAACAGCCAGUAAAGAAAAGAAAAAGAAAAGGAAGAAAGUGACUUUGUCCGACAGUAUAACAACAAGCAGAAAGAAGAAAUCAACAAUUGUAAUGACAAGCUUGCAUAGGAGUGACCAAGAGAUUGUCCUAUCGGUUGUGAAGGACCUGGGAAGCUUUGAGGUGACUGAUAGCGUGUGUGAUACCACUACCCAUGUUGUGGUUGGCGAGAACAGGAGGACUCUCAAUGUUCUCUCCGGCAUCGCAAGGGGGUCCUGGAUUCUCUCUAUGGACUGGGUUUAUCGUUCCAUAGAGGCCGGCUCAUGGCUACCUGAGGAACCUUAUGAGAUGAAUGUCUACUUUCCUGGUGCAAUGAUAUCAAGGCUAGCACACGGGGCAAAUGCUGACACAGAGACAUCUCCAGUGGAUAUUUUCUCCUCGUGCGCCGCCCUCUAUAUUCCGCCGGAGAGCAAUCCUCCGAGGGAGAGAUUGUUGGAGCUUGUAGAGUUGUGUGGUGGUCACAUCUCCAGGAAGGUUUCAGAUGCUAAGCUGUGUGUUGGAGGCAGUGGUAGGGGAAAGAAGGGAUCAACACCAGUCGUAGCUGAGAGAUGGAUUCUGGACUGCAUUACAAGAUUCAAACUUUUGCCAUGGGAUUCAUACAAAGUAAAUAAAUCUUGAGAUGAGAACUCGACAAUCAGCUUAUUUCUUCAGGAGACACAAAAAGUAACAGAGUUGUCUGCUGGUAAUCAAAAUUCAGCAGCGGCCCCGAUCAGAAUAUAACAAAUC